AAUCUGUGUAAUUACAAGGUGGAAUACGCUGAUUGGCUUAAUAUCUGAGUGCAUAUGUGAAACAAGAUUAGAUAGCACGCUAUUGUAUUACUGAUAUCAGUAUCACAGUUAAGAUAUCGUUGACGUUGGCUGUUAUUAAAUAUAAAUACGGCUUUUUCAACGAUAAAAGCACGAAUACGCGAGUUGGCAGUUGCAUUAUUGGUUCCAGCUGUUGUGUUCUGAUUCAGCAGAGUUGUCACUUGUCACUGUUAUUUGACAGUUAUGGCAUUGUCACUACCAUCAACCUUGAAAACGUUGUUUGAAUAUAUAGAUGGACACAAGCGGGAAUAUAUAAAUAAUUUGAGAGAAGUAGUGGCUAUUAAAUCUGUGUCAGCAUGGCCAGAUCACAGAGAUGAAAUAGUGAGGAUGAUGAAAUGGGCAGAAGUGAGAUUGAAAAAUCUUGGUGCAACUACAGAAUUGGUUGAUAUAGGCAAGCAGCCUCUUCCUGAUGGCAGCGAAAUUCCAUUACCUCCUGUACUACUUGGUGACCUUGGGUCUGAUCCAAAAAAGAAAACUGUACUGUUAUAUGGACAUUUGGAUGUGCAACCAGCGCUGAAGGAAGAUGGAUGGGAUACUGAACCAUUUACUCUUGUUGAAAAAGAUGGAAAGCUCUUUGGACGAGGUAGCACUGACGAUAAAGGGCCGGUUCUCUGCUGGAUACAUGCAUUGCAAGCUUACAAAGCGACUGGACUUGAUAUUCCUGUCAAUCUCAAGUUUGUCUUUGAGGGAAUGGAAGAAAGUGGAAGCGAAGGUUUAGAUGAUCUCCUUUGGGCAAGGAAAGAUAGCUUCCUAAAGAAUAUAGAUUAUGUCUGCAUAUCUGAUAAUUACUGGCUGGGUACUAAAAAACCAUGUAUUACUUAUGGUCUGCGAGGCAUCUGCUACUUUCUCAUAGAAGUCACCUGCGCUACCAAGGAUUUACACAGUGGUACCUUUGGUGGCUGUGUACAUGAAGCUAUGGCCGAUCUGAUUUACUUAAUGAAUACUUUGGUUGAUGUUAAUGGUCACAUUUUGGUAGAUGGUGUUUAUGAUAAUGUAGCUAAAAUGACUGAAGCUGAAUUGGCCAGUUAUAAGGAUAUAGAUUUUGAUGUGGGUGAAUUUAGGGAAACAGUUGGCACCAAGCGACUGUUGCACAAAGAAGAUAAGAUUCGUCUCUUAAUGCAUCGUUGGAGACAACCCAGUCUUUCUCUUCACGGGAUACAGGGCGCUUUCAGUGAGCCGGGCGCGAAAACUGUAAUUCCGAGUAAAGUUAUUGGCAAGUUUUCGAUCAGAAUAGUACCUCACAUGACGCCGGACGAAACAACCGAAAAAGUAAUUGCGUACAUCAAUAAAAAAUGGCAAGAGAGAGGUAGCCCGAAUAUCAUGAACGCGAGCAUGUAUCAUGGUGGGAAGCCGUGGUCCGAAAACCCCGAGCAUCCGAAUUACGUGGCCGGCCGGAGAGCCACCCAACACGUUUACAAAGUAGAGCCCGAUCUCUCCCGCGAAGGCGGAUCAAUUCCAGUUACUCUCACAUUCCAGGAGGUUACUGGCAAAAAUGUAUUGCUUUUACCAGUCGGGCAGGGUGAUGAUGGUGCGCAUUCGCAAAACGAGAAAUUGAAUGUACAUAACUAUAUUCAAGGAACAAAACUACUUGGAGCUUACUUAUAUGAAGUAGCUCAAGUGUAAUACUUUAUCGUUGAAAUGUGUUCAAGGAUCUAUAUAUAAAUUCCUAUUAUAAAACACUUUCAGAGUUUUUAUGAAUUUAACUAUAAUUGCAAAAUAUUGCAUUACAAUAUAUUUUUCCAUGAUUUUUUUCUUUACAUAAGUUUAAUGGAAAAAGACGUUAUUUUAUAAGAGAGAAGUUUACAUACGCAAGAUUUGGAAGCUAAUAUACAAGCUAUGUAUUCUUAGUAAAAAAAUAUACAUAUAUAUAUUUCCAAAA